UUUUUUACACUAUGUUUGCACAGGGACGCUGCACAAGUAGCGGAGUCUUGCUAACGUCGCUGGAGAAAACUUGAAUUUUUUUUGUGUGCUUUAUGCACUCUUUUAGCUGAGGAAAAAGGCGGACUGUAAAGGCUGUGUAUCGAUGGAGAUGCUUCCCAAAAACCCCGCAGCAGAUUCUACUCGGCACAAGGCGUUGGCUCCAUCUGCAGCAGCAGCAGCACCCGGCAGGACGGCGUGGGACUCUUUAUCCCUGCCGUCAUAUGAAGCCUAUCCUGCUCAUCGACCCUUCGUCAACACCCAUCACACGCUCCAAACACGCACCCGUGGGUCAUAUCGUCCAGCAUUGCCCAGCAGAGCUUUUCCAGAGAGCAGCAGUGCAGCCAUCUUAUCUGCCUUGAGGAACCUCCAAGAGAAGAUCACGAAGCUGGAGUUUCAGAAAGAGCAAGCGGAGCGCGGCCUCUGUGCUUUAGGGAAGGGAGCAGGACGCGAGCGCCCGCAGAGGGACGGUGCUGCACAGAGGCUCGCAAAUGAUAAGGACACGAAGAGAGAGCAACCAAACUGCAACCAAGUGUUGGUCACCCACCUUGCUGCUGCAGAGUCUCGUUGUGAGAAGCUGGAGCGGCAGUUGGAGCAGAUGAGGAGGACGUUGCGCAGCACCAGGACGGGAAAGGCGGGCCUGCUCAACCAGCAGGCUUCUAUGGAGAAGGUCGGUGUGAGUGACCCGCAGCCCGACGCCGCGUCUGAGCGUGCCCAGUUGGAAAAGCUGCAAAAGCUUGAGCAGGAAUAUCUGAGGCUGACGCACACGCAGAGAAACGCAGAGCUGCACAGUGAUGAUGACUGUUGUGGAUUUCAGAUGAAGAUCUGUGAGUUGGAGAGAAAGCUAGAAGAAGAGGAGCACCAGAGAAGGCUCAUUCAGGAUAAAGCCAAUCAGCUCCAGACAGGUUUGGAGGCAAACAGGAUCUUGCUGCAGUCUGUCUCUCCGCGUCUGUUCAUCAGUGAAACCAAAGAAAAGAAGUCCAGCUCAAAGAUGUCUUCUUCUCAGCACACAGAGCCUCACUACAGACUGAGCCUAAAAGAUGUACCGUUCGUCACCGGAACGUCAGUCGCCGGCAGCCACUCGGUCAGAGCCAACGUUCAGGCAGUUUUGUCCCUCCUCAAAAGGCAUCAGCCUCGUCUCUGCAACAGAGACGUCCUGUCCCGCCACGCAGAUCGCUCUGAGGUGGGCAGCCGUUCUGACCUCUCGUCCGCCUCGUCGUCCAGUGGCGGAGAAGAACUGUCGGAGCUGCUUCAAGCCCUGCAGGAGGAGCUGCGCUUCAUGAGUUUGGAGCAGGGCGAGUUGGUGAGGCAAGUGGAGGAGAGCGUCUCUGAAGAGGAAAGGAAAGCGCUUCAGAGGGAGCAGGAAAGGCUGCUGCGGAGAAUGAAGCGGAAAGGAGAACAGAUAAAUAAGCUCUGCAAUUAUAAAUCACAGAUUAAGAAGUUAAGAAAGGAGGCCAGAUCUAGGAAGAGCAGUCGAACUGCAGAAAGACCUGCCACCAGAGGGCGCUCUCCAGCAUCAACCAAAGCUCAACCAGGAGAGAGAAGCAAGAGGAACCUGAGGUUGCUGAAGGAUAUGAAAGCUCUGCAGGCUUCUUUAUGGACCUGAAACUCACUGCAACAGAAGCUUAACAUAUCUUUUUUUUUUUUUUUUUUUGGUGCUAUCAAAACUCUGACUAUUACUUCAUAAUCGAAACUGCCUUCAGCUGAAAGCACACUGAGGAUACCCGGAAGACCCACUGUUUUUCCACUUCUUAAUGAGCUCAUUGGUGCCUGCUCUCAGUACUCAGCAGUAGGUUUCUGAGCUCGGACUCGGAA